CCUCUAGGGUAGGGCCUUGGAAGAAACCCUCUUGGAAACAAGACACAGACCGCACCAUCACCAGCUUUUCACGAGAGGGAGAGAGAGAGGGGCGCGGGGGGGCGUUCGUUGUUCUUGUACACGACCGAUCCUUCCUACUCGGGCGUUCUCUGCUCAUCUCUUCCAUACGCCGGUGGCGUAGCACCCCAUAACCUUCAGCACCUCACGGACACCAGAUUCAGCAUCGAAGAUCUCCUUUCCUAAUUACCAAUCUGCCCAUGUCGAAGGCUCGAGUGUACACCGACGUUAACGUCCUCCGCCCCAAGGAUUACUGGGACUACGAGUCCCUCACCGUCCAAUGGGGUGAUCAGGACGACUAUGAGGUUGUUCGCAAAGUUGGGAGGGGGAAAUACAGUGAGGUCUUUGAAGGCAUAAACACAUCCAGUUCCGAACGGUGCAUCAUAAAGAUUCUCAAGCCUGUGAAGAAAAAGAAGAUAAAGAGGGAGAUAAAAAUUCUUCAGAACCUUUGUGGAGGCCCAAAUAUUGUGAAGCUGCUUGAUAUUGUUAGAGAUCAGCACUCAAAAACUCCUAGCCUUAUCUUUGAAUAUGUGAACAGUACAGACUUCAAAAUUCUGUACCCAACUCUGACGGAUUAUGAUAUACGCUACUACAUUUAUGAACUUCUCAAGGCAUUGGAUUAUUGCCAUUCACAAGGAAUAAUGCAUCGAGAUGUCAAGCCUCACAAUGUUAUGAUAGAUCACGAGCUGCGGAAACUUCGCUUAAUUGAUUGGGGACUUGCUGAGUUCUACCACCCCGGUAAGGAGUACAAUGUUCGCGUAGCUUCAAGAUACUUCAAAGGCCCUGAACUCCUUGUUGAUUUACAAGAUUAUGACUACUCAUUGGACCUUUGGAGCCUUGGUUGUAUGUUUGCAGGAAUGAUUUUUCGCAAGGAGCCUUUCUUUUACGGCCAUGACAACCAUGAUCAGCUCGUUAAAAUUGCCAAGGUACUCGGGACUGAUGAAUUAAAUGCCUACUUGAAUAAAUACCGCUUAGAGCUUGAUCCUCAGCUUGAUGCUCUUGUUGGGAGGCACAGCAGGAAACCAUGGUCCAAAUUUAUCAAUGCGGAUAAUCAGCAUCUAGUUUCUCCAGAGGCCAUUGAUUUUCUUGAUAAGCUUCUUCGUUAUGAUCAUCAAGAGAGGCUGACAGCACGAGAAGCAAUGGCACACCCCUAUUUCUUUCAAGUGAGGGCUGCUGAGAAUAGCAGGAUGCGUACGCAGUAGCAAUAAUGGGUCUCCUGGGCAAGUUUGGAUUCCUUCUAUUUAAAUUAUAGCUGGGUGGUAAUUGCAUUAUCUCUUGAAAAAAAAAAAAAAAAAAACCCUACAGAUGGAUGGUGUCAUUAAUUGGGUAGUUUUAUUAUGAUAAGAUGCAUGCCUUCUUUCAGUCAUAAACAGCUGCAACAUAAAAAUGGGUUCAUACAUAUAACAUGCGUAUGAUGUGUGGUGCUUUUUACAAACUGCUAUAUUGGUGUUUGGAAAUCUCUAGCUCUCAAUCAAAAGUUCAUUCCAAAUUUCCAAUA